UUCUACCAAUCCAGUGGAUUUUGCUAAGAAAAGGAAGGGCGCAGAUGAACCACAAAGUCAUCAUCGUCACACUCCCAGUUCAAAUUUGUUCUCCUUCGCCCACGACCUGAUGCUACUGCUCACAUGCCCGCACUGGUAACUCUUAACAUCCGUUGUAAUUCAUGGCAGCUUCAGGAAUGCUUACGUUUCACCUCCCUCGCCUCAUCCGCCAUCUUCCCUUCCUUUCUCCAUUCAAUCCUUCCGUUGCUCUUCACGUAUUUCGCCGGAAACUACCGCCCAGCUACCCUGUCAGAUUCGGCCGCAAUUGCAUAUCUAGKAGGUCGUUCGUUGCUGCCAGUUCAAGUUCUCAAGACUUGAGAAACCACGUUGGGGCCGCCGACGAAAAAUACGAUGUUAUAGUCGUAGGAGGAGGGCAUGCAGGUUGUGAAGCUGCACUUGCAUCUGCUCGUUUAGGGGCAAAAACUCUUCUUCUGACACUCAAUAUUGAUCGUAUUGCUUGGCAGCCUUGCAAUCCAGCAGUAGGUGGGCCAGCAAAAUCUCAACUUGUGCAUGAAGUGGAUGCACUAGGGGGUGAAAUUGGUAAGGUCGCUGACAGAUGCUAUCUACAAAAGCGUGUACUUAAUGUUUCUAGAGGCCCUGCUGUACGGGCGUUGCGUGCUCAAACUGAUAAAAGGGAGUAUGCACUUUUAAUGAAGAGUAUUGUGGAAAGCACUCCUAAUCUUUCUAUUAGAGAGGCCAUGGUGACAGAUAUUUUAGUAGGAAAGAAUGACAAUGUGGAAGGUGUUUGCACCUUUUUUGGAAUGAACUUCUACGCCCCUGCAGUUAUUCUCACUACAGGAACAUUUAUGAGUGGUAAAAUUUGGGUUGGUAGAACUUCCAUGCCUGCAGGAAGAGCUGGUGAAUCAGCUUCACAUGGACUCACUGAAAACUUACAGCGUCUUGGAUUUGAAAUUGAUCGGUUGAAAACAGGAACCCCAGCUCGUGUGGACUGCCGAACUGUUGAUUUCUCUGCACUGGAACCCCAACAUGGUGAUGAAGAGGUCAAUUGGUUUAGUUUUGAUCCUGAUUUUCACAUAGAGAGAGAGCAAAUGUGCUGCUAUUUGACUCGCACUACAAAAAGUACACAUGAACUUAUCAAGGAGAACCUGCACGAAACUCCCACUUACGGAGGCUGGGUGGAAGCAAAAGGGCCUAGAUAUUGCCCUUCUAUUGAAGAUAAGAUUGUGAGGUUUCAAGAUAAAGAGUCUCAUCAGAUUUUUCUUGAACCAGAGGGCCGAAAUGUGCCUGAGCUCUACGUGCAGGGAUUCUCUACUGGUUUGCCAGAACGAUUACAGUUGCCACUUCUGAGAACUUUACCAGGCCUUGAGAACUGUUCGAUGCUCAGACCUGCAUAUGCUGUAGAGUAUGAUUUCUUGCCUGCUCAUCAGUGUAGCAGAUCUCUAAUGACAAAAAAAAUUGAUGGACUUUUCUUCUCUGGUCAAAUAAAUGGAACCACUGGGUAUGAAGAAGCAGCUGCACAAGGAAUUAUAUCUGGCAUCAAUGCUGCCAGAUUUUCAGAUGGCAAGUCCCUUAUUGUUCUCGAGAGGGAAAGUAGUUAUAUUGGGACCUUAAUUGAUGACCUCGUCACCAAGGACCUUCGCGAGCCUUAUCGUAUGCUGACGAGCCGCUCAGAACAUCGAUUACUUCUCCGAUCAGACAAUGCAGAUAGCCGUCUCACACCUCUUGGCCGUGAAAUUGGGUUAAUAGAUGAUAGGCGGUGGAAGCUAUACCAAGAGAAGCAGGGUAGAAUUUCGGAAGAAAAGAAAAGAUUGAGAACUGUCAGGAUAUCAGGAGGAGAGCUGGCUGCUGAUGUUUCUCGCUUGUCUGGUCAGCCUGUGAAGGACUUUUCGACAUUGGAGAGUCUUCUUAAGAAACCACACAUAGGAUAUAAUGUUUUUGAUGAGCAUGGUUUCGGGAAUAAACUCUUAACCAAAUCAGAAAAGGAUUGUGUAGAGAUUGACAUCAAAUAUGAGGGGUUCAUUCUGCGGCAGCAAACGCAACUCCAGCAGAUGGUUCAUCAACAACAUAGGGUACUUCCUGAAGACUUGGAUUACUAUGCAAUGACAACACUGUCUCUUGAAGCUCGCGAGAAAUUAUCUAAGGUGAGGCCACAAACUAUUGGUCAAGCAAGUAGAGUUGGCGGGGUAAAUCCUGCUGAUAUCACUGCUCUCCUUAUCAUCCUAGAAUCCAAUCGAAGGAAAGCCCAGGAGAUGAGGCGCCAUCAGAUGCUCAGUUCCAUCGUUAGAGAACCUACCAAUACAGGAGAACGCCCUUCUGCAGUUCACUUGGCCGAGACGACCAGUUCUUGACAUGUCUUUGGUGGUUUAGAGAAUUCGAUGUCUGAGUCAGAAGUACUGCAUUCUGCAGUACAUGGCUUUCUCAAGAUCAUUCUUCAAAUGAGUAGGAAGAAGCUAUCGUUUGGAGGUUUUGAAUCAUUCUGGGGUGACAAGCCAAAUGGAUUGCAGCGUUCUUGUUUGGCAGCUGGGAUUCUCAGGGAAAUUGUUACACACUCAUAGUUCGACCACUGUCCUCGAUCAGUGCCGCAGUAUCGAAGGACAUUUUUGGCUACAGUAGAAGUUGUCUCCUUGGAUAAUUAUUCGUACGAAAGGCAUUUUCCAAUGCUUGUGAUGAAUUAAUCUUGAAUUAUGUUUCCUACAUCAUAUUGUAGUGAAGACUCUUGUAAGCUGUUACUAUAAGAAGUGGAAAGAAUUAAAAAAUGUGUUUCAAUGACGCAGAAUUGCUCGAUUUAAGUUUUGAAUUUA